ACUAAAAUUGACGCUCUUCCCUGGAGAUUUUGAGAGAAUAUGGCUGAGGAGCAGUUAAAAGAAGUGAAUGCCAAUCCCGCGUCGACAUCCCCAGUGACCAACGAACCAGAGAAGACUCCAAUGAAACCAAAUCCGCCAGCACCGCUCUCGGCAUCAGCUGCCGAUGAAGGGCAGCAGACAGAAAAGGCGGUUCAGGCAGCGGCCUACAGCAUGCGACCGGCUUUUGGGGAAAUGUUUCCUCUGCCCAUUGUCAAGAACAUCAUGAACAGCGUUAUGACCGAGAAACUGAAAGACAAAACAUACGACAAGGACGUGGCCAAGAUAUGGACGCUUGAGAUUGCCGAUGAAGUGAAUCAGAAAAUAGCCUCCAAUCCCAAGGUGAGGCGCUACAAGCAUGUGGUGCAGGUGAUGCUUGGCCAGGAGCUCGGUGCCGGGGGUUUCUAUAAUUCGCGCUGCUGCUGGGACUGCGACUGUGAUACCUCCGUCUCCGAGGUGUUCAGCAAUACCAGUAUAUUUUGUGUGUGCACUGUCUUUGGCACCUAUCAGUACUAAACGAGCACAAACGGCC